AUGUCGAUAAGAGCCAAGUCCCACGCAGACCUGCAGACAGCUGGGAAGUCCUCAUUAGAUGACAGCUUCUAUAAAUCUUUCUCCAUGAGCAGCAGCAACAUUAACAGAGGCGGCCAGUUUGGGAAUGGGGUGACGGAAGAGAUCAAAGUUCUCUCCAGAGCGACCAGGAGGCCUGUACGGGCAGUCAGGCCGGUCAGCGCCGUCAGCUCCAGUGGCUCUUUCCUCCAGAUUAAUCACCUGCAAGGAGAGCUGGUCAGAAAGAGGAAGGAAUGUGAGGAUCUGAGGAAGGAAAACAAGUAUUUAUUAAAUGAGAUCCACAUGGAGCGGAUCAUGAUGCGCACAGAGAAUGAGCUGACCAUGAGGAACCUCAGGAACCUGAACCAGGAGCUGCAGGCUCAAGUCAAAGAGCUGAAACAGAAGCUGUGUCAGAGCCAGCAGAGGGCGACGUUGUGCUCACGAGCUGCAGAUGAGGCUGAGGAGUCUAGAGGGGAGGCAGAGAAGAGCAGGGCCCUGGCUGAGGCUCGGGCCCUCGGUUGUCAGCGGGACAAGGAAUCAGCUGAGGCCGACAGAGGACGCCUGAGUGAAGAGCUGCAGCAGCUUAAAAAGGAGCAUACUGAUCUGCAGCUCUUAUUGGCACAAACGGAGAAGAGCUACUUUGAGACGAAGCUGAAGCUAGACCGGGUGUCGGGCGAGAAACAAGCCCUGCUGCAGGAGAGCAAGAGCCUGGAGGGAGACAGAGACGAGCUGCAACUCAAACUGAGACAAGUAACACAAGAAAACGCCCAGCUUAGAGAGAGUGAGUUGAAUUCAAGGCAUAGAGCAAUGGCAUCUGAAGAGGAGAGCAAAAGGGCCAAUCAGGCCCAACAGGAGGCCGAGGAUAUGAGGCGCCUGGCAGAGAAGGAGAAGGAUGGGAGGACGGCUGAGUGCCUCAGCUGGAGGGAGAAGCACCAGGAGCUGGCCGACAUUGUCCGAGCUCAGGAGGACCUGAAGGCUCAGAGGCAAAGCAAAGCUUGCCAAGCCAACAUCAAGAGCUACUUUCUGUGCAUGACCGAAAGCGACCAGAGGGUUAAAAUCCUUAAAAAUCCAGAUGGCAACCUGAGAAACUUUACGGAGGGAGACCCCGUAUACAUCUCCACUCCUGAGUCCAGUCCGGCUGAGCCUGAGAGAAGUUCAUCCAGGACCAUGUUCAGGAUCUCUGCCCCACACACAGGGAGGGAUGUGGGGCCAAGUCAUUUUGAUGAUCUACCUGCCUUUGGAGGGGAGCGACCCGACUCUGCCCCCCCACGCAGAAGCAGGAAGGUGGUGGAAUACUUCUGGAUUCCCACAGACCAGGAGUGAUGAUCCAUGUAAUUCAUCAAGCUCACAUUUCAACAGGAGCUUAGGAUGAUGUUUCAUACUGUCAAAAAUUCUCAUGCAUUGAUUAAAUAAAGAAAGAAAACU